AUGGCAUUGUGGCGACCAGUUGGCUUCGGUGACGAAGACACCCAGUCAACAAAGGCAACUUCCAUGAUUCCAUACCUCCACGAGCAGAUCCGUCUGUCGCGGAUUAUCGAGCGCAUGAUGACGACCCUGUUUAGCCCUCGUUCACAUCUAGAUGACAUCAGCCGCCGGCUAUGUUUCGACAACCUCAACCUCGAGCUGAACCGCUGGCGGGAAUCUCUCCCCGACUUUGCGAAGUGGCUUAAAUGGGGCCCUUCAUCAAAGCCGAUACCUGGAGUCUUUGCCCUGCACCUCCUUUUCCACAGCGCUCGCAUCGCUUUAAACUACGACCAGGCCAUUGCAACACGCGGCAGCGAGUCGGAGGAGAGGUCGCGUGUGUACUGCAGCACUUCAGCAACCGACGUGACGUCGCUCCUGCGCACCUACCGGACCCAGUACGGCCUGCAACACGCACCUCUUGCGUUCGUGUACGGCGCGGUGCAAGCGUGCCGCUCGGCAAAGGCUUUUGGGAUCGCGGAGGAGUUGCAGUAUCUGAACCAGACACUUGGAGAGUUGUCAUCGAUCUGGGGCCUUUCUCGGGAGGUUCUCCGGCGCUUGGGUUGA